UUUCUUUUGCACCUCCGGUCAGUAGGUAACGGUAGGCUCGUGCACUGCGCAGAGGCUGCAGAAACAACUGCGCGUGAACCAGAAGAGGAAACCUGCUGCAAAACACAUAUGGACAACUUCUUCUGAGAGAUGGCUGUGCCGGUGCCGUUUCUGGUCUUAUGUGCCUGGUUUUUGGGGCUUUACCGUAUGGAAGCAACACCAGACGCCCUGAGCCCUAAGGAUGCUUCUUUCUGUCAUGGUGGACUAGAGGUUGUCUAUCCAGACCUGGAGGUUGAUGAAUGCCUCGUAAUUCCCAAGGACCUUAGAGAAAAGAUGAGCACGGUUUGGACCGUGCCAAAUAUACACUUCCCUGGAGCAAAAAAGAAUAAGAUGUAUGUUCUGGUGAUGGUGGAUCGGGAUGCUCCAAGCCGCGCCAAACCAACGGCUGCUUACUGGAGGCACUGGCUGGUCGUGGACGUGCAGGGCAAUGCACUCAAGGAAGGAAAAAUACGUGGGACGACCCUCACUAACUAUCAGCGUCCAACCCCGCCACGGACAUCUGGUUUCCACCGCUACCAGUUCAUGCUGUUUGAGCAGCAUCCGGACGCACCGGUGUCCCUCACCAAGCAGGAGAAGUCGUCCUCCGCUAAAUGGGAUCUUUGGGCCUUCAUCACAAGGUUUGAUCUGGGAGAGCCGGUUGCCACGGUGCAGUUUCUCACCCAAAACUACAAAGCCUGAAGGAUGCUCAGACGCCUGAAAGAAGAAUCUGUCAGUACAAGAAUAUCAAAUAAAAAUGUUCCCCUUGCACCAGG